GACGAUAGCCAAUUCCUAUCCUCAAUUUGCUCACAGAACAGUGAACCUGAGGAAGAGGUUAGUAUAUGGUGCGAUGAGAAGGAACUCCAAAAUGAGGGACGACAGAAAAUCAAUGAUGCUCUAGGAAACCUGACUGGUGGACGAUUUAGUCCUAUACUUUCUACAUUAAACGCCUCGUGGGAGGACAUUUCCAUUACCCAACAAAAGUACUAUGCACGCAAGGCUCGAGAAGCCGUGACUGUCUCACUGUCAGUCAUUUGUCCCGGACAGGAAAAAGAACUUUGGAAUUCCAUUCGAAAUGAAUCGAUAAUAGAAAGUGAAGAUAGUCAUUCGCGCAAACGUAAAAAAUUCGACACAAGUACUGGGCUUAUUGAUGUCUUGAUUAAAGCACAUGAUCAAGCAGAGUCGUGGCGAACCAAACGUCAGAUUUUAUCUCUUUUUGCAAAUGAUUUAACCAAAGCGGAAUUGCAGAGACUACUUCCAGGGUUAACAAAAUGGAGAAUUGACCAGGCCCGCCUGCACGCCAAAGAAGUAGGAAGGGGGCAACUUGUUCCCGAAAAGCCUAUCUUUCGAACAAGAAUCGAUCCCGUGAAAGUUGAUCAUUUUAUAAAUUACAUUUCACGACCAGACCUGCUUCAAGAUGUUGCAUUUGGCACAAAAACUCUGAAGCUAGACUCAGGUGAACGUAUCAUCAUCCCGGCUGUGAUACGAACAUUGAUCCCCUCCCGAAGUAUCGAGCAGUACACCAGUUAUUGCAAACAGCAAGAAUUUGAACCUGCUAGUGAGCGUUCCUUGUUCAGAAUGCUUGAAAUUUGCUCAGCAUCUAUGCAGAAGUCUCUUCAGGGUCUGGAUAAUAUCACCGCUGAGGGAUCUGAAGCCUUCGACAGUCUACUAUCAAUGACUGAAACGUUAAAGGAGAACGGUGCCGACGAGUAUUGGGUCCAAGAAAUAGUACAGACGAUGAAAGAAGCAAAGAGAUAUCUAAAGACUGAUUUUAAGACACACGUGGGAAGAGACGAGAAAAGCAGCGACCACUGUAUUGUGUAUUCUCUAAGUGAUCCUACCAAUCUCGAAUUCAGCGGGGAUUGUCAGCACUCUCACGACAUUGGAUGUGAAAGGUGCGAAUCGCUCGACCAUAUGUUAGAAGAAAUCACAAACAAACUGGAAGAGGCAAACAUUAGCGAAGACCACAAAGCUAGGAUGAAGUUUGAGAGCAGGGAGUCCACUCGGGCAGUUCAAGCAUGGAAGGCGCAUUUGGCUCGUUCUGUUACUCAGGAGGAAGCUAAGCAGGACGCCCUAAGCCAGCUUGAUGACGAAACAUGCUUGAUUGUUGUAGAUUGGGCUAUGAAAUAUCUGCCCCAACGUUACCGAGAACAAAUGUCUGAGUUUUUCGGAAAGCGUGGCAGGAGCUGGCAUGUUAGUGCAGUCAUAACGCACUUGCAUAAUGAAGAAAGGUAUGAAGUCGAGUGCUUUGUGCAUCUCCUCAACAAUUGUCAUCAAACAGCUUUGCAGUAAUGUCAGUCAUCGAGCAUUUACUUCAUACUAUCAAGCAAGAGUAUCCUUUAAACAACAAAGCUUUCUUGAGGUCUGACAACGCUGGUUGUUACCAUAAUGGGCCACUUAUCCUAAGUCUCCCAUACAUUGGGGAAAGGACAGGUAUAAAGCCGUUGCGCUACGACUAUUCAGAUCCCCAGGCUGGGAAAGAUAUCUGUGACAGGAAAACUGCACCCAUGAAAAAACACAUUAGAAGAUGGGUGAACGAGAAGCACAAUGUUAUAACGGCCGAGGACAUGAAACAGGCAGUGGAAUCACAUAGUGGCUUGAAGGGUUGCAGAGCAUCUGUUGUAGAAGUUGAUGCCUCCAAGGAGACUGGUAUCGAUAACAAAAUAUCCGGUAUAUCCUUUCUUAACAACUUCCAGUUUGAGGAAAAUGGAAUCCGUGCUUGGAAAGCAUACAAUGUUGGACCGGGUCGCUUGCUUUCGUAUAGCGAUUUAAUUGUCGAGAAACAAGGAGGCACUGGCCUGAAAGUGAUACAGCCGUUUGGUCCCUGA